UAAUAAUUCAUGGAUUAAAAAACAAAGACUUUCUGAACUUGAUGAAAUGGAUCAAAGAUUAGUAAAACAUCUCAAAAUAACUUACAUGUGUGGAAAAGGCAAUAACCAUUUGGUCCCAAUUCUUAUUCCACCAGAUACUAUGCCAGCGUUAAUAAAACUGGCUGAUCCUAAUGUACGUAGUUCUGUUAUUGUUUUAAAGAGUAACACUUUUUUAUUUGCUGGGACAAAAUUAUCUGGAGGGCACACUUCAGGAUGUCAUGCAGUUCAUAAUAUUAUAAAUAAUUGUAAGUUAAAGAAGCCUGAAAAUAUAAAAGCAACUUCGAACCGUCAUCGUGUUAGUACUCUUUUCUCAGCUCUAGAUUUGCCAAAAAAAGACAAAAAAAGUUGUUUUACAAACACAUGGGUCAUUCAGCUGCUGUCAAUGAAGGCACUUAUCAAGUUCCUCCUGCUUUAAUGGAAAUUAUUAAAGUUGGAAAACAUCUACUAAACUUUGAUUUGUCUAAAACCUAUCCAUUAAGAAAAAAUUUUAAGCGCAAAUAUGCAGUGGGUUCUGAAGAUAAAAAUAAAAAUGCAGUGGAUUCGGAAAUCAUCAUGGAAUGUUCUUCUGACACCAACAUGGAAUGUUCUUCUGACGAAUGUUUUGACCCUUUAAAAGAAAUUAGUUCUGUAUCAGACGACGAAGAAUUAAAAUCAGUAAGCAGACCUUAUCAUUGCUGGAAUUCAAGAACUGAGAAACUAUUACUUGAGAGGUUUUCUAAAGAGAUUGAGCGUGACGCUAUGCCAGAUCAAAAAACUCUCCGAAAAUUUGUAAAAGAAAGUGGCAUCGGAUUGUCGUAUAAAACAGUUCGAACUAAACUAACAAAUGAACGUGUUAAAGAAAGACGACUUACUCAAAAACAUCUAAAUGAAUUGAAUUUGCAACAGUAGAAUUUCAUUAAAUCAAAUAUAAUUAACUGUAAAAACUUAUUUUACUGAGGAGAUUUUUUUAUAAACAAA